AUGGCGGAGUCGCGAAGCACGCCCAACAUCAGGCAGCGUGCAUCAUCGCCAAAGCCACGUGCACAACCAUCUACCAGGCCGCACGAUGACGCCAAGAAGGUGUCGGACAGUGGGAAGGAACCUGCUGCAGCUGCUGGUGGUGGAUUCCUCGAGGGUGUCGUAUUGACACGCACAGUGCAAGGGAUCCUGCUGUUAGGGACCCGCCUUGUGCAGCAGUCCAUGCGCAAUGCUUUAUCUCCUCUGCUUGUGUUUAUGGCGGCAGAGAUGGACAUAACAACAUCGCAGAAGGGAAAUUUGUUAUCGGCCAUAGCCGCCGGAUACUUCUUCACGCAGGUUCCAGGCGCCGUGCUAGCUGAUUGGCUUGGAGCCAAAAACGUCAUGACGACAGCUAUGAUGUUGAGUGCUCUAUGUUGCUUGAUGCUUCCUGUGGCUGUGGAUGCCCUUGGCUUGUCCGGGUUGUGGUGCGUGAUGGCCGUGAUGGGCGCCGUGCAGGGCCCCCUGUUCCCAACGAGCACGGUGUAUCUCAGCAAGUGGAUGCCGAAAGCAGUGCCCGGGGGAAGUGACGAGAAGGCUUGGGGCACGAGCAUGCUGGACAUUGGAAUUUCUCUAGGAGCGCUGUUUGUCAUUCCUGUGGCAAAUAGUUUGGCAGCUGCGUUUGGAUGGCGCCUUGCGUACCAAGGCAUUGGUGCUGCUAGCCUGGGAUUUGUCGGACUUUGGCAGGUUCUUGCUGCAGAAGAGCCGGCCAGGUGCUUCUACAUCUCCAAAAAAGAGUUGGCUUUCCUGGAGGCAAAUGUUCCGAAGCGGGAGAAGAAGCCUAGCCAAGGCCAGCAGCCAGAUCAAGACGGACCAGGGCUUCUGGGCAUGCCUCUGGCUGUGGGGCUGCAUCAAAGCCUUUGGGCUGUGUUCUUUGCCCACAUUGCUUUCAACUACGGCGCGUACUACCUGACCAACUGGAGCCCGACCUACUACAGUGAAGUCCUCAAGCUGACACCAGAGCAGGCAAAGUACCACCUCAUGCUGCCACAUGUGACAAACCUGGUCUGCAAAUCAGUGAAUCCUUUGCUCGUGAGGCUCGUUGAGAGGAAAGGUAUCAGCCUGCUGUCAAUGCGACGCCUUUUCACUGCAUCUGGGUUCUUGCUGGCCGCUCUUUGCUUGCUGCCUGUAUACCGCUUGCGUGGUCACAACCCGUGGGUCAGCACCGCACUCUGCAGUGCUGCAAACGCCUUUUUCGGCCUAGCCCCAUGCGGGUUCAAGGCGAACUAUCUGGACAUCACCGAAAAGUACGUUGGGGUCAUCAGCGGAUAUGGCAAUACUCUUGGAACCGUUGCGUCUUGGGUUGGGCCACAAUUCGUUGCUUUCUUACUUCACAAUUUUCAAAGUUGGGACGUAGUCCUGCUCUCUGUUGCGCUUGUGAACAUCGCGGCUGCCAUGAAUUAUGUUCGAUCCUCAACGAUAAUGCCGUUGGAGCGGUCGCUGCAAAAACCGGAGAAGACCGCAGCAGAGCCGAAGACCGAAUGA